AGAGGUUCAGGCGGCUCGCGGUUUCAUGAUCACCUCCAUCUUUCUGUGCGGCGUCGGUCUGCUGGUCGCUGCCGUCGGCAUGAAGUGCACCACCUGCCUGUCUGAUGAAAAAGAACAGAAGAACAAAGUGGCUGUGGCUGGAGGUGUUCUCUUCAUCAUCGCAGGGGUUUGCGCUCUUGUUGCCACCAGCUGGUAUGGAGAAAACAUAAGGAAGACGUUCUUUGAUCCAUUUACUCCUACAAAUGCAAGAUAUGAGUUCGGGAAGGCUCUGUACGUGGGCUGGGGUGCAUCGGCUCUGACUCUCAUCGGUGGGAUCAUGCUCUGCUGUAACUGUGCGUGUAAACCCGCCGGGAAAUCCUACCCACCUCCUCGCGCCGCAGGACGACCGGGAACCGACCGCGUGUGAAUGCAGUCACAAACAGCUCAUGAACACUACAGCAUCCCUGUCUGCUAGUGAUGUGCCAAGCAGCUUUGGCUUCCUUGAUUUAUGAAUUGUUUUAUUGUUUUAACCGCUGUCAUGUUUUCUUGUGUUUGGAUGCCUGAUGUUUGAACACAAUCAUGUGUAAUUACCCCAAAUCAUUUCAAUGACAGACUCUAGCUCAGGCAUGUCAGAAUUAUUAAUUAAUUACAGCAUUUGAGAUUUAUUUGCUGGUUAGUCUAGUAAUCCAAUCAUAUCAUCUGUUGAGACAAAGUCACGUGAGUCUUUCGUUAAGCAUCAGAAUUUAUCUGGUGAACUUUUCUGUUGUAGUUUAUGCAUA